GUUCCUCUUAAAAAAAAAAAAAACUAUACGCUGUGUUCAUAAGUUAUCUUGGAGAGUUUAUGGAAAUAAGCUGAAAACAGCUUAUGAACAUUCCAUAAGCUGUUUAUUAAACUCUCACAAAUUAGCUUACAACUGAGUAUUCCAUUUGGUAAGCUCAAAUAAGUUAAUCCAAGUUCAAGCUUUUGGAAUAAUUAUAUCAUAAUAUGAUAUGACCAGUUCACAACUUCAUUUUCAGGUGGUAUAGAGAUCAAUCAUGUAACUGUCUAGAUUCUUCUAAAUAAAUAAGAUUGAUUUUCAAGUUUAAAUUAAGUACUAUUGAAUUGCAUAAGGAUAUUGUAGUUGAAAUUUUAAUUUAAAAAACAUUUAUUCAUAUACGUGUAAAGUUAAGUUUUUGCAUAGUUGGUGAUUGUUGAUAUUUAUUUCAUCAUGGUUUCAAAUCUUAUUCUCAGAAUAUGCUGUGUAAGAUUCCUGAUUCCUUUUUUAUUCUCUUUUCUGUGUUGUGUGACUGUUAUUAACGUACGUAUGUUUCAGGACAAAUAGGUAGGUUUAUGUUUAUGAUGAAACACAUGUGGAGUCUUGCUUUUUGGCAUCUUUUUAACGUAGUAACUUUGCUUUAGGUACCAACAGUGAUCAAACUUUAUUUUUAACCAUAUGGUUCAUAUGAAAAAUGGAUGCUAGUAAUAUGAAAUUCGAUUGAAAGAUAAGUAACGUCCGAUCAAAAAUUGUGUUCUAGUCAGUGUUCGAACUCGGAUAACUAAUGCUAACUAACCACUUGAGCUAAACCACAUUGCUCAAACUCUUUCACACUUCCUUUGGUUUCUAUUCCAAUUUGAGAAUAUAUAACCUACACUGUUCAGUUAUGGAUACUGCACCUGGUCAAAGUCUCUAUCCAUUGCACCAUAGCAAAACUAUUCACCUGGUUAGGCAUGCCCAAGGAGUUCAUAAUGUAGAAGGAGAAAAGAACCAUGAUGCUUACUUAUCUUAUGAUUUUUUUGAUGCAAACCUAACUCCUCUUGGAUGGCAGCAGGUUGAAAAUCUGCAAAAGCAUGUGAAGGCUAUUGGACUUUCCAAAAAAAUUGAACUAGUUGUGGUUUCCCCAUUGUUAAGGACAAUGCAAACGGCUGUUGGAGUCUUUGGUGGGGAAGCAAACACUGAUGGAGUUAAUAAACCUCCUCUGAUGAUUGAAAAUGUGGGACACAGUGAUCAUCCUGCAGUUUCUAGUCUAAACUGCCCACCAUUCGUUGCAGUCGAGCUUUGCCGAGAGCAAAUGGGACUCCAUCCAUGUGAUAAGAGAAGAACUGUCAGCGAGUACCGACACAUGUUUCCAGGAAUUGAUUUUUCAUUGAUUGAAACUGAUGACGACACUUGGUGGAAACCUGAAAGAGAGAAGAAAGAAGAAGUUACUGGUAGAGGACUCAAGUUUUUGGAAUGGUUGUGUACACGUAAAGAGAAGGAGAUAGCUGUUGUUACACACAGCAGUUUUCUGUUUAAUACCCUUAGUGCUUUUGGAAAUGACUGUCACCCAAAUAUUAAGACUGAAAUGUGUGCACACUUUGCUAAUUGUGAACUACGUUCCAUGGUUAUUGUGGAUAAAUGUAUGAUUGGAUCAAAUAAUUCAACUACCAAUUAUCCUGGCAAAAUUCCUCAUGGUCCGGAUCUUCCUAGUGAUGCUACUGACUAGAGAAACAUUAUUUCAAGGAAUGGGCUGACCAAAUAAUUGUUUCUUUCAUUGAUAGUCGGUCGUAUGAAAUAGUCAUGGAAUUUUCUUAUGUACAAUACAAUCAUUGAUUUCUUAGUCGCAUUUCAGUCAAUGAUUUUAUAUUUUUCAGGAUAAAUUAUGUCGGUAAGAACAAAUUUUAAAAUUCCUUUUAGGGUAUAAGAAAAUAAAUUGGCAACAUAUGUAGGUGACAAAUUUUGAGAUGAAAAGAUGGAAGUUUUCUUUCCACUUUAUUAUAUGGCCAUCAUAAACCAACUCAUAUUCUUAUGAGUGUAUUUUGCCCGCGUUGCUCUGGUUAUACAUGUAUAACAAUUUGUGUUA